GUUAACUCUUCUCUCUCUCUUUGUCCAUGUCCUUCUUUCUAGUAUUAAAAAGCCAAGCCACUAACAACCAACAUAACAAAGCAGAUAAGAAGCAAAGCAAACCCAACCCAAACCCUGCUCUCUCUGCACCACUGUGUCUCUCUCUCUCUCUCUCCCUGUUGUGUCCACACCAAAGAAAAGAGAUCGAAACCAAGCAAAGCAAGAUUUUCCCUCUUGUCUUCUCUCUUCUUUAACUACUAUAUACUAAGAUUUACAACUUCAUAUAUGGAGGACAUCUUCUCCUCCCUCAAGCUUCUCUCUUUCUCCUUCAUGCUCCUUCUCUUCCUCCUCAAGCUCACCAUCCUCCUCUGGUGGCGACCCAGAAAAAUUGAAGCCCAUUUCUCCAAGCAAGGAAUCAGAGGCCCCCCUUAUCGUUUCUUCAUUGGAAACGUUAAGGAACUUGUUGGCAUGAUGUUGAAGGCCUCUUCUCAACCCAUGCCUUUCUCCCACAACAUUCUCCCCAGAGUCCUUUCCUUCUACCAUCACUGGAAGAAAAUUUAUGGUGCAACAUUCCUAGUUUGGUUUGGACCCACUGUUCGUCUCACCGUCUCUGAGCCAGAACUCAUCCGGGAAAUCUUCACAUCCAAGUCAGAAUUUUACGAGAAAAACGAAGCUCCACCACUUGUGAAGCAGCUAGAAGGUGACGGACUCCUUAGCCUCAAAGGAGAAAAAUGGGCUCACCACAGAAAAAUUAUCUCUCCCACUUUUCACAUGGAAAAUCUCAAAUUGCUGAUACCGGUGAUGGCAACAAGCGUGGUAGAGAUGUUGGAAAAGUGGUCGGCAAUGGGUGUGAAGGGAGAGGUAGAAAUCGAAGUUUCGGAGUGGUUUCAAACCCUAACAGAAGAUGUGAUUACGAGGACAGCGUUUGGAAGUAGCUACGAAGAUGGAAAAGCCAUUUUCAGAUUACAAGCCCAACAAAUGGACUUAGCCGCCGAUGCCUUCCAAAAAGUAUUCAUCCCAGGUUACAGAUUCUUUCCCACGAGGAGGAAUAUAAAAUCUUGGAAAUUGGAGAAGGAGAUUAAGAAAUCGUUGGUGAAGCUGAUCUGGAGACGGAGAGAGUGUGGUGGGGUGGAGGAAAAAGGGCCAAAGGAUCUGUUGGGGCUAAUGAUUCAGGCCUCCAACAUGAAUUCUUCGUCCAAUGUCACAGUGGAUGACAUCGUGGAAGAGUGCAAGAGCUUUUUCUUUGCAGGAAAACAGACCACAUCCAACCUGCUGACGUGGACGACCAUUCUCCUUGCUAUGCACCCACACUGGCAGGUACGGGCACGUGACGAGCUUCUCAAGCUGUGCGGAUCACGUGACCUUCCCACCAAAGACCAUGUUGCAAAGCUAAGGACGCUGAGCAUGAUUGUGAACGAGUCACUACGACUGUACCCUCCGACGAUCGCGACAAUCAGAAGGGCCAAAGCGGACGUUGAUUUGGGGGGAUACAAGAUACCACGUGGGACGGAGCUGCUGAUUCCAAUCCUGGCCGUUCAUCACGAUCAGGCAAUAUGGGGGAACGAUGUGAACGAGUUCAAUCCGGGGCGUUUCAGCGAUGGUGUGGCCCGCGCGGGGAAGCAUCCAUUGGCGUUCAUACCGUUUGGUCUCGGUGUGCGCACAUGCAUCGGACAAAACCUCGCAGUGCUACAAACAAAACUGGCCCUGGCAAUCAUACUGCAGCGUUUUAGUUUCAGGUUGGCCCCUAGUUAUCAGCACGCACCAACGGUCCUGAUGCUACUCUACCCUCAGUACGGUGCACCAAUCAUUUUCCAACAAUUCUCACAAUCCUCUUCUUAAUUCAAAGGACCUUCUGCUUAGGGACAAAAUUACCCCCCCUUAUGGCUUUUCCCCUUCAAAUUUAAAAAAAAAAAAAAGUUAUAUAUAUAUAUAUUGGACUAAGAGUAAGAGAGAUGUCUGGUGAGCGAAUUUACGGUGGUGCCCUUCCCAUGGUGUUUUCCUAUCCUCUCUUGAACAUACUGACUUUAGCCAUGUGAGAUUUGAUUUGGUUUCUUGGCCAAGUUUCUUUUGCCAAUUAGUUCGAGUAAUAGGAGUAAUCCAGUUAGUAGAUGGCUAACAAUUAGCUAGAUAGGUGCUUCUUCUUGACUUGUGUAUCUCUUGUGUACAUUUUUCUUUAUUUUUUUUAUUUUUUAUUUUACAGAGAUUUGUAACUUUGUAAUGCAUUUUUGGCCCUUUGAAUUGUCUUUUGCCACAGUACCCAUUGGUUUCUUAUGAUUUUUUUCAAUCCUAUUCACUCUCCACACCUUUCCCUCUA